GCCAGAGUCCAGACGCGAUCAGGCGAUCUAGAGUUCUACGGGCGGAGUCAAAGAGCGAGACUUACAACGCAAAUUCUAAUGAACUACUGUACGAGUGUCUUAAGCCUUUAGACUACCGAGGUAACGGAAUGCCAGAGAUUCGGGUUUGAUUGGUUUGACUCCCGGCCGAGAAGUAAUUUCAUGUCAUCGUAAAUAAGUAUAAUUAAAUAUGGAUUUAUUCGUAAUUAUCGGACUCUUGUUCGUAGUCUAUUAUUCCAUCUAUCUCAUUUUUCCCUUCUUCUUGGAUUGUGAUAUAUUACUUGCUUUUAAGGAGAAAUACGGCAAACCCGUGUCCUCGUUGAAAGGCAAGACAGUAUGGAUAACGGGUGCAUCUGCUGGUAUUGGAGAACAAUUGGCUUAUGUGUUAGCCAAAGCAGACUGCAAAUUGAUCUUGUCUGCUCGGAGAGUAGCUGAAUUAGAACGAGUAAAGAAGAAGUGUUUGGAAGAGAACAGAAACUUGACCGACAAUGAUGUGGAAGCUUAUUCCAUGGAUAUGCUUGAUUUGGACUUACACGAAAAAGCAUUCGAACAUGUGAUCAAUAAAUUCGGCAAGUUAGACAUACUCGUUAAUAAUGCCGGCCGUAGUCAAAGAGCAAAAUGGGAAAACAUCGAGAUAGCGGUUGAUAAAGAAAUGUUCAACUUAAAUGUAUUCUCCAUCAUGUCUUUGAGCAGAUUAGUAAUUAAAUACUUUCUAAAAGUAGGCGAAGGUCAAAUCGUCACUACCUCGAGUUUAGCAGGAAUUUUACCAGUACCGAUGUCAGCGACCUAUUGCGGCACUAAACAUGCCUUACAUGGCUAUUUCAGGCCGUUGUUCUUAGAAUAUCCUGAUAAGCACAUUAGCGUGACAAUGGUUUGUCCAGGUCCAGUGCAGACCGAGUUCCUAGCCAAGAGUUUCACAGAGAAAUCUGGCGAGACUUACGGUGUAACAACGGACGUAUCUAGAAGCAAAGUCAGCGCGGAACGUUGUGCAACUUUGAUGGGAGUCGCGAUUGCAAAUGAACUAGACGAAGUGUGGAUUGCUACGGCGUCCUCGUUACGAAUCGUAUACCUGUCUUAUUGUUUUCCGAAUUUUGCAAAAUGGUUUGUAAAGAAUUUAGGUAUGAAAUACCUGCUAAAACUACGAGAUGCUAACGCUUUCAAAAAGGAUUAAUCAUCAUGAUCAUCACUGAAUAUUCUAAGGUCAAU